GGGGUGAUCUGGCGCAGAGUGGAGGAGGUGCUUGCGGCUCGCUCCUGCUCCUCCCCUCUUCUUGCGGCCUCCCGGAGGUCGGCCCAGCUCCUGUGGCCUCCCGUGAAAUGUGGAUGACGCCCAAGAGGAGCAAAAUGGAAAUCGACGAGUCUCGGGGGUUCCGGGCCGAGUGGACCCAGCGGUACCUAGUGGUGGAGCCUCCGGAGGGCGAGGGCGCCCUGUGCCUGGUGUGUCGCCGCCUGGUCGUAGCCACCGGCGAACCCGACGUCAGGCACCACUACGAGGCCGAGCACGACUAUUACGAGCGGUAUGUGGGGGAGGGCGAGCGCGCGGCCCUGGUGGAGCGUCUGCGUCAGGGCGACUUGCCCGAGGCCGCCCCGCUCACUCCGGAGGAGAGAGCUGCUCGUGCAGGUCUCGGGCUCGCCCGCCUCUUGGCCUUGAAGGGUUGCGGCUGGGGCGAGGGGGACUUUGUGCACCGGUGCAUGGAGGUUAUGCUGAGAGAUGUGCUGCCCGAUCACGUAAGCGUUCUGGAUGGCAUUGAUUUAUCUCCGGAGAUCACGCGGCAGAGGGUCCUGGACAUUAACCAAAAUCUACGCAGUCAGCUUUUUAACCGAGCCAAGAACUUUAAAGCCUAUUCCCUUGCCUUGGACGACCAGGCUUUUGUGGCCUAUGAGAACUACCUCCUGGUCUUUGUCCGCGGCGUAGGCCACGAUUUGGAGGUGCAAGAAGAGCUUCUGACCAUAAUCAACCUGACUCAUCACUUCAGUGUUGGUGCCCUCAUGGCGGCAAUCCUUGAGGCCCUGCAGACGGCAGGGCUUAGCCUGCAGCGGAUGGUUGGACUGACCACGACCCACACUCUGAGGAUGAUUGGUGAGAACUCAGGACUGGUGUCAUACAUGAGAGAAAAGGCUGUAAGCCCCAACUGUUGGAAUGUGAUCCAUUAUUCAGGAUUUCUUCACUUGGAACUGUUGAGCUCCUACGAUGUAGAUGUUAAUCAAAUCGUAAAUGCCGUAUCUGAAUGGAUAGUUUUGAUUAAGACCAGAGGCGUUAGGCGGCCCGAAUUUCAGGCUUUACUAACUGAAUCUGAAUCAGAGCACGGUGAAAGGGUUAAUGGACGGUGUCUGAACAAUUGGCUUAGAAAAGGGAGGACUUUAAAACUAAUAUUUUCUUUAAGAAAAGAGAUUAAAACAUUCUUGGUUUCGAUAGGGGCAACAACGGUCCAUUUCACAGACAAGGAAUGGCUUUGUGACUUUGGCUUCUUGGUGGAUAUUAUGGACCACCUUCGAGAACUUAGCGAACUAUUGAGAGUGAGUAAAGUCUUUGCUGCUGCUGCUUUUGACCAUAUUUGUGCCUUUGAAGUGAAGCUGAAUUUACUUCAGAGACAUAUCGAGGAAAAAAAUCUAACACACUUUGCCGCCUUGAGCCAAGUUGUUGAUGAGCUUAAAGGGCAUCUUCAAGAAGACGAAAAAAUACUCGAUCCUGAUAGGUAUCGAGUGGUGAUCUGUCGCCUACAAAAAGAGUUUGAGAGACAUUUCAAGGACCUCAAGUUCAUUAAAAAGGACUUAGAACUUUUUGCAAAUCCAUUUAGCUUUAAACCUGAAUAUGCACCUAUUUCAGUAAGGGUGGAGCUAACAAAACUUCAAGCAAAUACUAACCUUUGGAACGAAUACAGAACCAAAGACUUAGGGCAGUUCUAUGCCGGAUUGUCGGCUGAAUCUUACCCGAUUAUCAAAGGGGUUGCCUGUAAGGUGGCAUCCUUGUUUGAUAGUAGCAAAAUCUGUGAAAAGGCUUUUUCAUAUUUGACUCGAAACCAACACACUUUGAGCCAGCCGUUGACAGAUGAACACCUCCACGCCCUGUUUCGGAUUGCCACCACUGAUAUAGAGCCGCAUUGGGAUGAUCUUGUGAGAGGAAGAAAUGAAUCAAAUCCAUAAACUUUUGUAGUACAACGUUGAAACACUCAACAAGAAUCCAAUUCUAAAAGCAGACAUCUGUUUGAUUUUCAAGUUUACUAAUUUGGAUAGUGGGAAAGCACCACAUUAUUCAUCCAAAUUGCUCACAAUUCAAAUUCUUCAGACAUAUUUUUUUUUCCAUCUCAAGAGGCAGCAUGGGACUGAAACAUGCAGACACCUUUUUUUAAAACUUAAUUUGAUGGCAAAGUCAUUAUCUUUUGCUUUUAUAAUAUAACUGUUUUUAAAGACAUUUAGUACUAAUAAUGUGAGUUGAAUUAGAAGUCUGCUUUUAAGGUGUUUCAAAGAAACUUUAGCUCUUAUCUUAACAAAGUGUUAAAAUUCUGAUGCAUAUAGUCUGAAAUUAUCAACUGCUUAAAUAUAUGUUUGAGCCAAUUUGCAGAAACUCACAUGGCAAGUGCAGAAGUUUCUGAAAAGGAGGAACGUACAUACAGUGGAGGUAUUUUGUCGAACUAUCAGAAUGUUGAGACUAUUUUUUUUAGACAUAUUUCUGAGUCUGAAGUAAAUAUUGACAUAUUUCCUCCCUCUCACCUCCCUCCCACCCGCCCUAGUGAUAAUGAUAUUACUAAUACAGAAAAUAAGCACGUAAAAUUUUAGUCAGAGGAACAAGAAUUUUUUUUUAAUUGCUAGUUUAGGAGGCUUCCUGCAGUCUGGAGAUCAGACUAACCAAUUUUUGGAGGUUUCCCCUGAAUUUUUCACAAUUGGGUGCUGUUUUAUGAGCUUGCCUACUAAAGGACAACGCAAAUUCAAGGAACCAGAAUACAAACAAGAAUUUAGAAGGAACUGAAGCCUGAGCUAUCAAAAUAGAUGCCAUAAAGAGCCCAAGAACCAAAAUUCUGCCAGUGGUUCUCCACCAGAGACAGUAUGCCCUCUUUCCAGAGGAUGUUGGGAGACAUAAAGGGGAC